AUGCUUGAAGGAGUCAUUUGCGGCAUAGGCAAUGGUGUGUUUCUCGUCGAUAAUCAACGUGGGUUGAAUCCUGAUUACCGUCUGUGGAACGUAGCAACUCGAGAGAUCAGGCUUCAUCCCAAGCCUCCGUUCGUGCCUGGUGCCACCCAUUUCCAACCACCACUCGGCAAUUUGCUGCAGUGCUUAGACUAUUGUGGGGUUGGGCUCGAUUUAGUUGAUGGUGGUGAUGUCAUGGUCGUUCUGAUUCGUAGCUAUGCUUAUGUCGAUGAUCGUUGCAGCAACAACUGCGUUUCCCCAAUGUUCUCCUCGCAGAGGAUCGUCACGAUGAGUGAGCUGCAGCUAUCUUGUGAGCCAAGGAUGACGCAGCAACAUGUUGUUGUAGCCUCCGAGGACACCCCUUCUCUGCUUCUUCAUUCUCACUUACUGUAA